UCGGAUGUAGAAGAGCCCACCAGCCCCGUCGCCGCCGCCGAGGAGGUCGAAGUUGGCGCCGAUGAGUCCGCCCAGAGCGGUUCCAUGUCCGUCCUCGACGCCCUCAAGGGUGUCCUCAAGAUCUCUCUGAUCCACGACGGACUUGCCCGCGGUCUCCGUGAGGCCUCCAAGGCCCUCGACCGUCGCCAGGCCCACAUGUGCGUCCUCAACGAGGCUUGCGAGGAGGAGGCCUACAAGAAGCUCAUUGUCGCUCUCUGCGGCGAGCACAAGAUCCCUCUCAUCAAGGUCCCUGAUGGCAAGCAGCUCGGCGAGUGGGCCGGUCUCUGCCAGAUUGACCGUGAGGGUAACGCCCGCAAGGUCGUCAACUGCUCUUGCGUCGUCGUCAAGGACUGGGGUGAGGAGUCGCAGGAGCGCUCCAUCCUCCUCAACUACUUCCAGACCGAGCAGUAA